AUGGCCUCCCGAAAGCGUGCCUCCGACAUCCAGGGCCCUGGAGAUACCCGCUCCCAGACCAAAAAGGCGAAGGUCAAUGCAGGCAAUGACAUCGCGAGCAAGACCGACGAUAAUGGGGAUAAAUAUUGGGAGAUCUCCAAGAUGCGCCGUGUGACUGUCUCGGAGUUCCGGGGCAAGACCAUGGUGAGCGUGCGCGAGUACUACGAGAAAGAUGGCAAGGAACUUCCCGGAAAGAAGGGCAUCUCCAUGGCUCUCGAUCAAUUCUCCUCUCUCAUCAAGCUCCUCCCCGACAUCGAGCAAGCUGUCAAGCAACAUGGCGAGUCGUUGCCUCGACCAGCGUAUGUGGGCCAGGCGGAUGCGGAGGACGCCGAGGAACAAAGCGAGACCAGCAAAGUUGCCAGCCCCUCCAAGCAAAACAUUGAGGCUACGAGUGACGAGGAUAGCGACUCAUAG